CUGGUAAAAAUUAACACAAUGAAACCAGGGGAUCAACGCCCAUAUAUAUCAGUGGCAAUAUAUUGGCAGGGACAGUCAAAACCACAAACGGUUACUGCACUUCUAGAUACAGGGGCUGAAGUAACUUUGUUUCAUGGAAAUCAAAAACGACAGAGUGCAGGAAUAGUAGCUAUAGAGGGAUUGGGAGGUCAACAUACACUGGCUCACAAGGUUCACUGCAGAUUACAGAUUGGAAAGGGUCCCAUUUUUAAAGCACGUGUGUUAAUAUCUGAGCUACCUGAUAACAUACUAGGAAUGGAUAUUUUAAGGGGCCAGACUAUCCAUACUGAUGCAGGCAUGUAUGUAUUUGGUACCUCAGUUCGUUCUUUUUCUGUUUCUGCAGUUAAACCAAUUUUAAGGGGACAUGCCAAGUGGACACCAGUGUACAUCCCUCCGCCCAAGCACCCUGUCAAUCUCAAGCAGUAUCGCAUACCCGGAGGCCACAAAGAAAUUACUGAAACAAUUCAAGCUUUGCUAGAGGUUGGAGUAUUUCGGCCAGCAGUAAGUCCAUUUAAUGCUCCAGUAAAGAAAAAGGAUGGAAGCUGGAGAAUGACUGUGGACUAUCGUGGGUUAAACAAAGCAGCUCCACCUCUUGCAGCUGCUGUUCCAGAUAUAGUAUCUAUUGUGGAGGACAUUGCACAAACUGCUGGAGAUUGGCAUGCAGUAUUGGAUUUAGCAAAUGCUUUCUUUUCCAUUCCUAUUGCUGAGGAAUCUCAAGAUCAGUUUGCAUUCACCUGGGAGGGAAAACAAUACACAUUAACUGUAGUACCACAGGGGUACAUGCAUUCUCCCACAUUAUGUCAUGGAUUGGUGGCUAGGGAUCUGGCCAUGCUGCCUAACAUGGACUGUAAGUUUUAUCACUACAUUGAUGAUGUUAUGAUCUCAGGCAGCUCAGAGGAACAAGUGAGAAAAGACUUACAAACAGUGGUGACAUAUAUGCAGAAAAGAGGGUGGGCUAUAAACCCAGAAAAAAUCCAAGGACCAGCAACUAGUGUCAGAUUUCUUGGAAUGAUCUGGGCUGGACCAGUCAAAUCUAUCCCACAGCCUGUGUUGGAUUCAAUUGCUGCCCUUAAACCACCAAAAAAUGUGAAAGAAGCUCAGAGUUUGUUGGGUCUGCUUGGAUUUUGGAGGCCUUUUAUUCCACACCUGGGCCUCAUUCUCAGACCUAUCUACAAUAUAACUAGGAAAAAGACUGAGUUUACCUGGGGGUCUGAGCAGCAAUUGGCACUUGACACAGCCAAAGAAACUGUAAGAACCCAUCAUUCACUAGGUCCUAUACAUCCAGAUAAGCCAUUUUUCUUAGAUGUAGCAGUAACAGACCAUGGAAUGUCUUGGGGACUGUGGCAAAAAGGGCCUAAUCCCAGGGAUCGAAAAAUACCUUUGGGUUUUUGGUCUAAGCAAUUUUCAACUGCUCAGAAAAAAUACAGCCCAUUAGAGAAGCAAUUGUUAGCUGCUUAUACUGCCUUACAACAUGUUGAGCCAACUACAAAGCAGCAAUCUGUGACAGUAAGGACUGAUUUACCUAUUGCUGGAUGGGUCAGACAAGAAGGGCUACAAUCCCGCACAGGUGUGGCCCAGAAACAGACUUUGCAGAAAUGGAAAUGGUAUCUGAGUGAAAGAGGGGGAAUAUCUUCCCAAGACCCUAGUCAGCUAUCGCAACAAAUUGCUGGUUUUGUUAACUUUGAAUCUAAUGUAAAUCAAUUGCCCCCACUGCAUGCAGAGGAGUCACUAUUCAAGGAAGCCCCACCAUGGAUAGAGUUAUCAGCAGAAGAUAAACUACGAGCAUGGUUUACAGAUGGCUCAGCUAAAGUGACUUACAAGGGGCGGAUAUGGACUGCAGCAGCUUUUCAGCCUAGUUCAGAGACUAUAAUUCAUCAGACGGGAGAAGGAGGUUCUAGUCAAUAUGCUGAACUACAAGCUGUUUAUAUGGUUGUCCAAGAGACCUCAGGCGACUUGAUUAUCUAUACAGAUAGCUGGGCUGUAUUUAAAGGUCUCACAACAUGGCUUUGUAUUUGGAAAAAAGAUAACUGGCAAGUAAAUGGAAAAGAGUUAUGGGGCGGGCCUCAAGUAUGGGAUUUCUUAUGGUGUCAAGGAAAAAAGAGAUGUAUACAAGUAGGCCAUGUUAAUGCUCACACUGGAAAUCUGAACAAUGAAAUAGUAGAUGGUCUGGCACAAGUCUCUACUGCACAACAAGAGGAAACUACCUUGGAAGUGUUGGGCAAAUGGGCCCACAGUCAAACUGGGCACAAAGGAGUUCAAGGUACCUGGCAGUGGGCACAGCAGAGGGGAAUACCUCUAACACAAAUCCAAGUGAAGGACAUAAUUGCUAAAUGUCCUGUAUGUCAGGAAGCCAAGAAGUGGCCACCUUUGACCCCAUUGCCUGGAAAAAUUCAUCGAGGACAAAAGCCAGGACAAGUCUGGCAAGUGGAUUAUAUUGGACCCUUGCCUGGAGGAAGGGGUGGUUUAAAAUAUUGUGCGACUGCUGUGGACACAUACAGUGGACUAGUACAAGUAUUUCCAACAAAAAGUGCAGAUCAAAAAACAACUCUAAGAUUGAUGCAACUGCUAAUACAACAUUAUGGAAUGCCUCAAGAAGUACAGUCAGAUAAUGGCACACAUUUUACUGGACAGACCGUAAAGCAAUGGGCGGAGGAUAAUGGUGUAUACUGGGUGUUCCACAUUCCGUAUUAUCCUCAAGGGGCAGCGUUGAUUGAGAGAAUGAAUGGUCUCUUAAAGGAACAAAUGCGCAAACUUACACCUACUCACACACUACGGGGAUGGGAUAAGGUGUUACAAGAGGCAGUAUAUUUAUUAAAUAAUAGAUCAGUUGGACAUUUCACUCCUAUUCAAAGAAUGCUGGGAGAAAGUGGGGAGAAUAGUUCAGAUUGGGUAGUAACAGUUACUACAAAAGGUUCAACAGUCCCUUUAUCUCAGUCUAUUCCUGUAUUUAUACACAAAGAUUUAGUUGUAGGAGGUGAAGAAGAACAUACUAUGUUACAAAUUACAUCCAUAUCAGUACCAACAGGAAUUUUAGACAUAGAUCCAACAUGUGACUUGCAAUUCAUCCCAGAUUUUGAUUUAACCACUCAGUGUGACUGGGAUGUUGACGUUAGAAAAGAUGAAUUGGGGGAAUAUUGUGUCACUAUUGUUCCUUUUGGUCGGGCACAGUUUAAGAAAGGACAAAAAAUAGGACAAAUAGUGAUUUUACCAAAACGUUUGCAAGUGAAGGGAAAUAUUUAUUCCACACAGUUAGGAACAAAGGUAUGGAUAGCUCCAAGUGUAACAGACAGGGGUAGAAAAACAGGUAGAAAAGGAGAAAUUGUGGCCUGGGGUCCUGGGUCAACAGCAUUAGUUUUAAUAGAUGCUGAAGAUAAGCCUGUUUAUGUUCCUCUUCACAGAUUAUUACCACUACCAUGAGGAGUUUGCCUUGUCUACUGAUGCUCGCGAUAUGUCUGAUGAAAGUGACUGCGGAAAGGAAUUUUUAUCAUGAAACGCUGAAAGCUACUGCUGCAGUAUUUAAUGUAACAAACUGUUGGAUAUGUGGCAAAAUCCCACAUGCGACUGAAGAAGGAAUUCCACUUUAUGGACUGCCAUUUAAUAUGAGUUGGAUAAACAGAACCGACCCUGAGUGGAACUUUUUUUUCAAUAUGACUACAAAACAAUGUGCUAUUGCUAGAUAUGCAGGUACAGAAAAAGAGCAACAGUUGAAGUUAACCCGGAAAUCAACAGGGAUUUUGUGUGUCCAGAAAAAUCAAACCACUGAGACUGUGUGGUUAGGAAAAAGUCAAUGUGACUAUGUUGUCAACACAGUUAACAACACACAUGUAAUGGUGACAGGAAAAGGGGAAAUGUUUUAUAUGUUUUAUGUUAAGCAAUGUUCAUUUGAUUUUAGAGUUACUACAAAUGAUACGCAUAUUUGCGAAAGAUCAAGUACAAGCUCUCUGGUAUGCUGUAAAAUCUUACCAUCUAAUAGUACCAGGGUAGGAAUAUACUGGCAAUAUCAGUUAUAUCUAGCAACUUGUUCCCCAUUGCCCAAUCAGUUGUACUUUAUUUGUGGGAAUAAUGUUUAUAAGUGGCUACCAUAUAAUUGGGCAGGAAAUUGUUAUAUAGGAAAUAUAGCACCAAAAUUUAGAGUAUUAUUUGAGAACCCAAAAGGGCAUGUGAGAAAUUGGAAACGGCAUUUUGCCUCUUCUCAUGUUAAUGAAUUACCCGAAGAGUGGGAUACUUCAGAAGAAAACAGAUUUGUUAUGAUUUUAAUACCCCAUUAUGGAGUAGCAAAAGCUGUGCAAAUGAUGAGAAGAAUGUCUAGAAUAAUUGAACAUGCUUUAAACAACACAUUAGAUGGCUUGACUAGUCUUACCGAGGAAGUCAGACAAAUGAGGUUAGUGGUUCUGCAAAAUAGAGCAUCGCUAGAUUAUAUCCUAGCUUCAAAGGGAGGUGUAUGUGCUCUGAUUGGAGAUGAAUGUUGCACAUAUAUCUCAGAUAAAAGUCUGGAAGUAGAGGAUGACAUCUCUGAAGCUCGAAAGUCAGUAGCCAAAUUACAUGCCCAAAAUACUGGUAGUUGGUUAUUUAGUUGGUUGGGGCAAUGGGGACAACAAUUGUUUAUGUAUAUAACAUCAUUUAUUAUAUUCAUUCUAGGAAUUUUUCUUGUGAUAAAAAUAAUCAGUGUCUGUAUCAGUAAGUAUACUACAUCUGCAAUAGAAUCAUUACCUAUACGCAAAACUGGAAUAAUAUAUUAAAUAUUUCUCAAUCAGUAUUUUUGUAAAUCAAAGGGUGGAAUGUAGUGCAGUAGGUUUCUUUUACUAUGAUUUGUAUGAUUUACAAUUUAUACAUGCUUUAAUAUGUGUAUGUAUAUAUAUAUAUAUAUAUGGUUUAGUUAGUAAGUUUAAUCAAGCAAUUCUAGAGAUAAGGGGAGUCCAGUGUCCUUGUACAUAUAUUGUUGGGUAACAAUACCUGCGUUUAUUAUGUAACAAUAAACAAUGACUAUAGACUGUUUACCCAGCAAAUACAACAAGCGGACGGCAGGCAGACAAUGUCCAAUGUAUUUAAAUAAGAACUUGAGGUAUAAAGUUUGGUAUCUGAUCAGACACAAUGGCUGACCAUUUGUUAAACAAUAUUGUUCAAGUCAAUAGUUGGGCUUGGGGGUUUUUCCUAAGAACUUUUGGCAUAAAAGAACGGCCUCUGCCUUGGGUCAGAAGCUUCGCCUAGGACUCCUGAACGAGUGCCAGGAUAUUGGAUCAUCGCAUGGUUAUCGGGAACCUGAAGGUUUUGCACCAAAGGUUGAGGGGCUCCCCGAGUUUGCUGGAUUAAUGCUGAACUGGCUAUCUUUGUAACCACAAAACCGUACGAAGCUAAGUAAAUGUUUUAAAUUCUA